UUUAAGCCUUGGAAACCCCUUCACCUCAUUGGCAACCAAACCUUCUCUUCCUCUUCUAAACCCAUCACUCCUCUCUCUCUCUUCUCUCUCUUUCUCAUUAAUAAAUUGAUUUUUUAGUUUUUGUUGCAAGAAACCAAUUAAUAUUCAAGUUUGCAGAAUCAUUCAUCAACAACAAUGACUGUGGAGAAGGUUACGUGGUUAUCUAUGGUUUCCAGUUGUUUCAAACCACAUGAGAAUGAGAAACCAGCAUCAUCCAAACCCAAGAAAGAGGUCACUAAACAAACUUCAUUCCAGAGACUUUCACUAUCUGAUUUGAGCAACCCCAAUUCACUCUCCGAGGAUCUUUCCGUUUCUCUUGCUGGCUCAAACCUUCACGUCUUUACGCUCGCUGAGCUUAAGGUGAUCACCCAGGGCUUCUCGUCGAGCAACUUUAUUGGUGAAGGAGGAUUUGGACCAGUGCACAAGGGCUUCAUUGAUGACAAACUCAGACCUGGCUUGAAGGCUCAGCCUGUGGCCGUCAAGCUCUUGGACUUGGAAGGUUUACAAGGUCAUAGGGAGUGGUUGACGGAGGUGAUCUUUCUUGGGCAGUUGAGGCAUUCACAUCUGGUUAAGCUGAUUGGCUAUUGUUGUGAAGAGGAACACAGGCUUCUAGUUUAUGAAUAUAUGCCACGGGGCAGCUUAGAGAAUCAGUUGUUUAGAAGAUAUUCUGUAUCACUACCUUGGUCCACAAGAAUGAAAAUUGCUCUUGGAGCCGCAAAGGGUCUUGCCUUCCUCCAUGAAUCACAAAAACCUGUGAUAUACAGGGAUUUCAAAGCCUCAAACAUCUUGUUAGACUCGGAUUAUACAGCAAAACUUUCAGAUUUUGGGCUAGCAAAGGAUGGUCCUGAAGGAUCUGACACGCAUGUAUCCACCCGAGUUAUGGGAACGCAAGGCUAUGCUGCUCCUGAAUAUGUCAUGACAGGUCACUUGACGUCAAUGAGCGAUGUGUAUAGUUUUGGAGUAGUACUCCUCGAGCUUCUUACUGGGAGAAGGUCUGUGGACAAGAACCGCCCUCAAAGAGAACAGAAGCUGGUAGAGUGGGCAAGACCCAUGUUGAAUGAUCCCCGGAAACUUGGGAGGAUAAUGGACCCAAGACUCGAAGGCCAGUACUCGGAAACAGGGGCUCGAAAAGCAGCCGCAUUGGCUUAUCAAUGCCUGAGCCACAGGCCAAAGCAGAGACCAACCAUGAGCGCUGUUGUGAAGAUCCUAGAACCUCUCAAGGAUUUUGAAGAUAUUCCCAUUGGACCCUUUGUGUAUACAGUUCCAACCGAAACUGAAAAACCUAAAGAAGAUGAGCCCAAGAAAGAUGCGAAGAAAGAAGAUGGCCAUUACCACAAAAAGCAUCCACUUCACCACGGCCAUAGACGGCAUCACCACAAAUCGCCUAGGUCUCCAACCAUUCACUCAGAAACUGCUCUACGCCAAAAUCACAGAAAUGGGUUACACUCUCCCCUGCACCCAAAAGCCAAGGGAGCAUAGAUUAGCCAAAAGUGUAAUUAAAUUAAUCACACUGUAAAUACACACUUUUUUUUUUCUUGUGAUUAUCCUAGAUCAUUUGCAUACUGUGACUGCACAACACAAAGGAUUUUUGCGGAAGGACUCGUCGUUUUACAUAGGAUUUUUGGUGGAAGGAGUUGUCGUUAUACUUGGGUUGUUUCUUUGUUUAAAAUAUUUUGACUUGUAUAUCUCAGCUGGCGAGGGCAAGUAGGCAUACAGAGGAGUUCAAUUUCUUUAUGUGACUUGUUCAAAAAUUUACAGAUUAUACAAAUUAUAUUAAUUAAUUAAUAAAAUUAAGAGCAGAUUUUUCAA